AUGUCGGAAAAGCAAGAUAAGCGUCGCUCCAUUGUGGAGGACGUGCCGAUCCCUAAACAUCUUUUCUCGACUGCCAAGUUCAAUUCACCAUGGGAGAAGGUCAAAUGGGAGAAGUCCCUUCCUAAAAAUGACCGUGUCCAACGCAGCCUUUCAACUUCACUCAAUCGGAAAGAUAAGAGCGGUCUCAAUCGCUCAUCGAGUCUUUCGGCCUUGAAGAUCUCCAGGCCGCGUCGCACCACCACCCGGCCACUCACCAACCCACCCGCAUUGAUAGGUAUGUACUGGGAAGAGAAUUUGAAGAGCCCCAACUCUUUGAAACCUCUAAAUUCCGAUUCAGAAGAUGAGCCCAUCACGCCAGUCAAGCAAGCGGCUUUCAGUCCUACGCAACUCAGCCGAGUCAGCUCUCGCACUGAGGAUAGCCAGGAAAGUCACGCAAGUCAUCAAAGUAGUAUGCACGAUGCCUAUGAAAAAGCAAAAUUGAGAGGAGUCGCAAUCCAGAGAAAGUAUUGGGUCCGACUCCUAUUCGAGUGGGGACUAUACCUUCUUCUUGUUCUUUUCGUCUACUUCGUCCUUAUCGGCGUACCCUUAUGGAAUGGCGCUGUCUGGUGGCUCUACUGGGUUGUGAGAAAUAAGUUUGUUAUCCAAGGAGGCUUUGCUAUUACUAUCGGCUUAGCUGCACUAUACGCCUUUUUGCCUCUGUUAAUUCUAUUCGACAAAGACCCGCCACCCAAGGAGAUGACCGAGAACUUCGACCUGGAACGAAACUCCUCGAAUGCCAAAUCGACAGCCUUGCUCAUCCCCUGCUAUAAAUCAGCAAAUAUCAUCGGCCCAACCCUCAAAGCAGCUCUGGAAAUAUUCCCACCGGAGAAUAUUUUUGUCAUCGCCAAUGGAAAUUCGGAAACACCUUUGGAUAAUACGGAGGAGGUAUGCAAGCCCUUUGGUGUUAAUCACAUUUGGGUGCCUGUCGGGUCGAAAAUCGUGGCGCAAUUCGCUGGCUGCUACGCUGCGGAUGAGUUCGAAAAUGUUCUUCUGAUUGAUGAUGACUGCGCAUUGCCUCCCAAUUUCCCUAUCGUUAGCGACCAAAUUAAGGGAAGAGUUCAAUGCGUCGGAUACACGAUCAAGAGUGUCGGUCCAGAAUCGUCAAAGGGUACAUGGUGCCAGCAAGCUCAGGACCUGGAGUACAAGAUGUCUGGGCUGCAGCGUGCUUUCUUUGGUAAACUUGGCAGCGCGACAUUCCCCCACGGCGCAAUCUCAAUUUGGAACACGGAAUUUCUCAAGCAGACUUUCAACGAGCACCCCGGUUUCUCUGUUUCGGAAGAUUGGUUCUUCGGGGAUAGUUGCCGCCGUCUCGGAGGUCGUAUUACCAUGUGCUCGGCUGUUUUUGUUGAAACUGAGACUCCAGCCUCUGUGUUCUUCAGUGGCAGUGGCAGCCGCGGUGGAUUCGGUGAGAUGACAAUCUUCCAGCAAAGGUUUAAGCGUUGGAACUUCUUUUUUGUCAUUGGAAUGUACUAUGACCUGAAGUACAUUUUCACAAGCUGGAAGCUGGGGUGGUGGGAGUUCGGAGCCAAGCUCUGUGUUUUCCAAGAGGUCUAUGAAACACUAAUCUACCUCCUCGCGCCCUUCGUCCUUCCGAUAUCCUUCAUCGUCCGCCCCGAGUUUUGCGGCAUUCUUCUCGGUGCCACUAUCGGCAUGUAUAUCGUCAAUGUCAUAAUCUUCAACGAGAUCCAUUUGCGGCUGAAGAAAGAGCGCAUCAGUUGGACUGUUCUACUAUUUUACUACACAAUUUACAAGAUCGCACUGACAAUUAUCAACGUCGUCAGUUGCUACUGGUCUUUGUACAAAUAUGCUCGUUACUUUGCCAUGCGUCACCCGAAGGUUAUCGAAGACGAACAGGCUAUUGGAGUUGUUCUCAGUCUCGAGAAAGACUUGAAUCAAUCUACUACGUCUCUCGUUGAGACUGGAAAUCAACCUGCCAGUGAAAUCCGACCUGCCAGUGAAAAUCGACCUGCCACUGGCAAGAGCCUAAAGAGGUUGACUUUGACUCGGGUCAAAGCGGACCAGGCAGCGCUGGCUACAUUCGGGCCGUUGGAAACAUACCAAGAUUCACCCAGAUCGCCGUCAUAA